AUGCCUAAGAGAACAUCAACUCCAUCAAAAAUGAAUUUAUGUUCAGUAAAUUCAGAAAAACAUCAUUCAGUUCCACUAAAAUCAAAGAAAAAAGCCAUGUGCAUUCAGGCAAAUAUAAUUGAAAAAGAUUCAAAAAUUAUAAAUAUAUUCCAUGAUGUUGAUGAUAUUAUAAUGAGAGGAAAAUAUAUGAAUGAUGUUGACUUCGAAAAUUUUGUUCAAGUUCAUGCAUCAACUUCUUAUUGGAAGAUAUUGGCUGAACGUACUCGUAUAAAGCUUGAAGAGCAAAUAAGAGAAAACCGACAACUUCAUGAGUUAUAUGAUGAAUUAAUACAAGAAAAUGAACAGUUACAAGUUAAAAGUGAUAAAUGUGAAUAUUUAACAAAUAUUUUUAAUUCAAUAAUGUCAGAACAUGAUAGUGGUCUUGAACUAAACAUAACCGGCGAAUCUUCCGAUUCAAAACAAGAGAAAUCAUUUAUUUAA